GUUUAGUUCCCACCUGCAGAGCAGCAGGUAGCUACAAGGAGCCAGAGAGAGUCUCAGGACUGACGCAGUCUCACUGACAAAGCUGGAGAAGUAGAAAUAUCUUUCUCUCUAGGACAGUCCGGAGAUCAGCGAUGGUUUGUGGGGGAUUUGUUUGCACCAAGAACGGGCUCUGCGCUCUCAAUAUCCUGUAUGUUUUGGUGAGUCUGCUGCUGAUCGGAGUGGCAGCCUGGGGGAAAUGGUUCGGCCUGGUCUCAAGCAUCAGGGUGGUGGCAGGGGUCAUCAGCGUGGGUAUCUUCCUGUUCCUUGUUGCCUUUGUGGGGCUGUGCGGCGCCCUGAAGCACCACCAGGUCCUGCUGUUCUUUUACAUGAUGAUCCUGUUCAUAGUGUUCGUUUUGCAGUUCGCUGUGUCCUGUGCUUGUCUGGCCCUGAAUAAAGACCAGCAGAACCUUCUGCUGGAGGCCGGGUGGAACAAAUCCGAGGCCACUCAACAGGACGUGGAGAAAACACUCGACUGCUGUGGCUUCCAAAGUGUCAACCUCAAUGGCUCCUGUGCUGCUAGCUGCUUUAAGAGCCCUUCACCGUCUUGUGAAACCUGCUCAAGCAUCCUCCAGCACUAUGCAGGGGAGGUGCUACAGUUUGUGGGUGGUCUUGGACUCUUCUUCAGUUUCACAGAGAUCCUUGGAGUUUGGCUCACCCACAGAUACAGAAAUAUCAAAGAUCCUAGAUCAAACCCUGGGGCUUUUCUAUAAUCACUCACAAUUUAAUAAACUGCACUGCUGAAUAAUUCUUUGUCCCCUUAAUUUAGAAAACCACACAUAUCUGUACAUUUAUAUGAUUUAAACUGUAACGUUGGCUAAUUAAUUCCCACUGUCAUUCAAAGUUUUCCAGCAUUAACCACCAUAAGCGUGUCUUUUUCUUUAAUUGCGUGUCUUUAUAAGAAUGGUUUGACAUUUUGGGAAGUACUAUUAUUUACUUUAUCACUGAAAGUAAAUGAGAUUGAUACCACUCUCUCUGUAUGGUGAAUAUUUAGCUGGAGCAAGCGGACGGUUAGCUUAGCUAAGCAUAAAGGCUGGAAACAGGGGGAAACUGUUAGCCUGCAGCUCUGUCCAAAGUUCUGUAGCUCAUUUACACAUUAUAGUCUAUCUUGUCUGUUUAAAUAUAGGGUAAAAACUACAAUUUAAGGUUUUACAGUGGGUUAUGUUAUACAAUUUUUUUCGGCUCGGACCAUUGACCGAACACAACAUGGCUCAAAACCCGAACCAGCUGACAUACGGUGUUGGUUGUUACUUUUGGACAGAGCCAGGCAAGCUGUUCACUCCUGUUUCCAGUCUUUAUGCUAAGCUAAGCUAAGCUAACCGGUUUCUGGCUGUAGCUUCAGACAUAAGAGUGGUAAUAAUCUUCUGCUUUAACUUUAUUGCCUCUUUAAUUCUAAUCUGUCUCAAAGUGAUAGAAGCUAACAGCAGCUGUGUAUGCUCACCACAGACACACACCUUAUGCAAAUACAAUGCUGGUUAUAGUACCAUGAUGGCUGAAUGACUGUAGUCACCACUCCCAGAUGAACUAUUCACAGGUGACCACAUACACUGGUGUGCUCUGCAGGCAGUGGGUUUGGGUGUUGGAUGUCUUAACAGUAGGAAAAGAUUAACAUCAAAUCAAAGUCAAACCUGUUGCAUCUGAAUGGAGAGAUAAAUAUUAUUAAACCAAGCUUGUUUUUGUUUUAUUUAUGUAUUUAUUGCUCUUUAAUUUCUAUUAAACAAAGCUUAAUGAAUUCAUAAUAAAUCAGGUUUCAUCAUAUUCAUCGUCUCACAGCUUAGUUUUCCUUAAUUGUCCAAAAUAACCAUGCAGAGUUGCAGAACAUAACACAGGAAAUUUCCAUAUGUGCUUUGCUUGUUAGAUCCGGUGUUGAUAGACUGUUUCUCAGGAGAACUUGGUAACUCUGCACCACAUGACGUUGCUCACAUUCCUCACCCUAAACAGGAUGCCAACCAGGAACUGCACUCACUGUUUAGGUUCCUCUGCAUGGACUCAGCCAGUCCGACCUGUUCACCAGUGUCUCUGAACUCUGCCAAAAUGUUAUGUAAAGUCAUUGUGAGCACACCAUGUUAUUACCUCUAUUCUAUAUUGUAAGUUGCACUUUUGUUUCAUUGUCAUUGCUGUUUGUAUAACUGCAGACUCCAUUUUUAUGAGGUAGUUACUGUCUAAUCAAAAUUAAAAUUAUUUUAAUAAAUUUUAAUUUGAAAUGAAUUAAAUAAAAAAACAGAAUACAGUGUG